AUGCUCAACGCCGAAGCCCACAAGCUCCGCAAUGCCUGGGCUGUCACCACCGAGGAGAAAUCGACUAGUUCAGGGAGACUGAACCCCCAGCGCAGCACAGGUGAUGUUGUCGAAAUCAUGUCACGUUGCCGAGUGGUGCCUCAGGCCACUGGACGGGAGGGUCUGCGCUGCCGCCUUCUGCAUUCUCACUCCACAUCUGGAUGUAUGCGCAUCGAGCUGAAAGCGAAGGCCUGUGUUGUGUUCUCUUGGCUUGAAGCCAUUUCAACACGCCGUUGCAUGAUUGUGUCAGAAGGUGAAGAGACCAAACUCGAUCUAUAUCGACCAGUUGUCGAUAACCUGAGCAGUGUCGCCGGAAAAGCAACGUCAUUAUCGCAAGUUUCGUCUGAAAAAGCAAAUCAGGCUUAA